AUGACUCAAAGGUCUGCAUCUGGUCAAAAAGAUGGAGUUGUCGCAGUCAAUGGACACAAAGUUUCCCAAAACGGGAGUCAGCCAGGGAAACUUGCGGAUGAGGACGAUGAAAAGGUGGGACUGGGGAAGAAGGUGACCCUUCUUCGAGGGAUCUCUGUCAUCAUCGGGACCAUCAUCGGAGCUGGCAUCUUCAUCUCUCCAAAGGGAAUCCUGAAGAAUUCGGGCAGCGUGGGAAUGUCUCUGGUUGUGUGGAUCGCUUGCGGGGUGCUGUCUCUGUUUGGAGCUCUGUCUUACGCUGAGCUGGGCACUUGUAUUAAGAAGUCUGGGGGACACUACACAUAUAUAAUGGAAGCUUUUGGCCCUCAGAUGGCUUUCGUAAGACUAUGGGCUGACCUCAUCGCUAUCAGGCCUGCAGCGAUGGCAGUCAUCUCUCUGGCCUUUGGUCAGUACAUCCUGGAGCCUCUGUUUAUGCCCUGUGAUAUCCCCCCUAUGGCUAUCAAACUGGCCACCGCCAUCGGCAUCACUUCUGUUAUGUACCUGAACAGUAUGAGUGUGACGUGGACAGCCAGGAUUCAGAUCUUCCUCACCUUCAGCAAGCUGCUGGCCAUCUCUAUCAUCAUAGUACCUGGAAUGUACCAGCUCUUCAAAGGGGAGACCAAAAACUUUGAGAAUGCUUUUGAUCUGAACAAGGUGAAGCUGUCUGGUAUGCCACUGGCCUUUUACUCUGGGAUGUAUGCAUACGCUGGGUGGUUCUACCUGAACUUUGUGACAGAGGAGGUAGAGAAUCCUGAGAGGACUGUGCCAUUAGCCAUCUGCAUCUCCAUGGCGAUUGUGACUUCCUGCUAUGUGCUGACCAAUGUGGCGUACUACACGGUGAUGUCAGCUGAGGAGCUCCUGGCCUCAGAGGCGGUCGCUGUGACUUUUGCAGACAGGCUGUUGGGGAAUUUCUCAGUAGCAGUGCCGGUGUUUGUGGCUUUGUCCUGCUACGGUUCCAUGAAUGGCUGCCUGUUUGCCUUGUCAAGAAUGUUCUUCGUGGCGUCACGUGAAGGACAACUCCCCGAGGUUUUGUCCAUGAUCCAUGUCCGCAGACACACUCCAGUGGCUGCUGUCCUCGUACUGUAUCCAAUGACCAUGCUCCAGCUGUUUGUGGGAGACAUCUACAGCCUGUUGAACUUCAUGAGCUUCCUGCGGUGGCUGUUCAUCGGUGUGGUAGUGCUGGGUUUGAUCUACCUCCGAUACACCAAGCCUGACCUCCCUCGCCCAUUUAAGGUACCGCUCUUUAUCCCAGUGGUGUUUUGUAUCACAUGCUUCUUCAUGGUCUUCCUAUCUCUGUACUCGGACCCGGUCAACACAGGGAUUGGGUUUGCUAUUUCCCUUACUGGCAUCCCCGCCUACUAUAUCUUCAUUUACUUCAACCAAAGACCAAAGUGGCUUCAAAGGGCUUUAGAUUCCUUCAACAGAACCUUGCAGAUCCUCCUGGAGGUCAUUCCUGCGGAGCUAUAACAGCACAAUAUACACAAGAUCACCUCUAGUCAGCUGAACUCAGAAAGUGAAACUGGACUACUGCUAAA